ACCUGACCUCUGAAACUGAGUUUUGCACAGAGAGCAACUUCUGCUGAGUCCAAAACUACUGAAACAUCUGCAUACAUUUGAGUAUCAUCACUUUCCUCACAAAUCACAAUCUUUGAUUUUCAAACCCCAAACCUCUCAUCUCUCAUCUUUGAUCAAAUGGCAGCUUUUUCAUCCCAAUACUACCAUCCGUUUCUGGUUGACUCCGCAUGCCUCUCAAUUACUCCUCCCAUUAUAAACACUUCUAGUACCCUUCCUCCUUCUCCUCAUUAUCUUCUCAAUAAUAAUAACAUUCAUAUUCAGGAAACCUCUUAUAGCGUCACUAAUAAUCAGGAAACAAGCUGUGUUGAUAAUCAAAGCUCCAAGGUUACCACCAUCAGUGACACUGAGUAUUCUGUGGUCAACAAAAACCAUAGUCCUGAGACAUCCAUGGUUGUUGACAAACUUGAAAAAGGUGAGCAGUUCACUCAGAAGGUGGUGACCCCCAUGGAGAAGGAGAAGAAGAGAAGAGCAAGAAAUGGAUCUUCCAAGGAAUCAACAGAAGGGGGAAACGAGAAACAAAAGAAGCCAAAAGAAGUGAAGAAGGAUGAGAAAAAAGGUGCUGAAGAUCCUCCAACUGGCUAUAUCCACGUUAGAGCUAGAAGGGGUCAAGCAACGGAUAGUCACAGCCUUGCUGAAAGGGUGAGAAGAGAGAAAAUAAGUGAAAGGAUGAAGACGUUGCAGCGACUUGUGCCAGGCUGUGAUAAGGUAACCGGAAAGGCCCUUGUGUUGGACGAAAUAAUCAAUUAUGUUCAGUCCUUACAGAAUCAAGUGGAGUUCUUGUCAAUGAAACUUGCAUUAGUGAAUCCCAUGUUCUAUGACUUGGCCAUAGACUUAGACACUCUCAUGGUUAGACCCGAUCAGAAAUUAAAUUAUAAUAUAGCAUCACCAUCACCAUGUUUAGCACAAUUCAGACCCAACCAGGCCAUUGCUUUUGCUGACACAACCACUACCAACAGUUUCCCCACAGCUAAUAAUGGUGACUAUCUUUUGGAUUAUUCAUCCUCACUUUUUCUUCAAGGCCCGAGAUCAAAUCUCUUCUUUGAGUAUAACGGUGGUCAGUUUUGGGACGUGGAAGACCAACGACAAAAGUUUCUUCAUCCUUAUGGAUUCGGCAAUAAUUCGGGCUCUUUCAAUUAAUUAAUAUCAAGUUCAAAAAGAUGCCUUUCAAGUCUACAAACAUAGUAGUAUGUUGUAAUUAAGCUCCGAACUCAUGCCUUGUAAUUAAUCCAUAUAUACUUAUUAUCAUGAUUUGUUUCUUAAGUCCAGACCCUGUUAUUUUAAUAGUCCCUUUUUAAGGAACUAUUGUUUUUAGUUAGUUUGGGAAAAUCCAAACAAGUACCAGUAUCUCAAUGGAAAAGAAAAUCUUAUGCAUGAGUACCUAAUACUAAAGCUACGGUUAGUAUCA